AGACACGGUGCGAACGUUACUACUCGUAGUUUUUCUCCAUCUCUCUUCACCCCUUUACCCUAGGGUUAAAGCCAAAUCUCAAUUCCGCUUCGACGAUGAUGCAACCAGGCAGCAUGGUCCCUUCACCGAUGCCUCCCAUGUCUGCAGAUCCAUCCCAGCAGCAGCAGUACCAACAACCACCUCAGCCGUGGAUGCUGCAUCCGCCGCAGCCGCCUAUGCAGCCGCAGCAUCCGGCCGCCUGGGCGCAACAGCCGCCGCCGAUGUCACAUCCCAUGCUCGCUCCUUAUCAAACCCAGCCACCGCAACAGUAUUCCGGUGCAUAUACAGGCACAUCACCAGCCGCGUCGUCCAGCCCCAAUGAAGUUAAGUCUCUAUGGAUCGGUGACUUGCAGUAUUGGAUGGACGAGAGCUAUCUUAGUGGAUGCUUUUCUCAUACUGCAGAGAUUGCAUCCGUGAAGGUCAUUCGCAACAAAUUCACUGCUCAACCUGAGGGUUAUGGAUUUAUUGAGUUCAGGAGCCGUGCCGCAGCUGAGGCUAUCUUGCAAGCUUAUAAUGGAACAUUGAUGCCAAGUACAUCAGACAAGUAUUUCAGGAUGAAUUGGGCAACGCUUGGAGCUGGUGAAAGACGGGAUAACGCACCUGAACAUACAAUUUUUGUGGGUGAUUUGUCUGCGGAUGUGAAUGAUUACUUGCUACAAGAAACAUUUAAAGCUGUCUACUCAUCGGUGAAAGGUGCUAAGGUUGUUACUGAUAAGAACACGGGAUGCUCAAAGGGUUAUGGAUUUGUCAAAUUUGCGGAUGAGAGCGAACAACUUCGAGCCCUCACUGAGAUGAAUGGAGUGCUGUGCUCAACAAGGCCCAUGCGUGUUGGCCCUGCUAAUAAACAGCCGGUUGGUGCGCCGCAGAAAGCUACAUAUCUAAACCCACCUGCAAGUCAAGGCGAGAGUGACCCUAAUAACACAACAAUAUUUGUUGGUGGUUUGGACCCCAAUGUUACUGAGGAGCUUUUGGGGCAAUUUUUUUCUCAGCAUGGUGAAGUAGUUCAUAUAAAAAUAGUUUCUGGAAAGCGUUGUGGCUUUGUUCAAUUUUCUACUAGGGCUUCUGCAGAACAGGCUCUGUCAAGUUUGCAGGGCACACAGAUAGGGGACCAUAGCAUUCGGCUUUCAUGGGGACGCAGUCCCUCUAACAAGCAGUCAUCAGAUCAGACAAAAUGGGGCGGUUCGUAUUAUGGAUAUGGACAAGGAUAUGAGGCUUACGGAUAUGCCCCUCCCCCUCAAACUCAGGACCCUAAUAUGUUCUAUGGUAGUUAUCCGGGAUAUACAGCCAACUAUCAACAGCUACGUCAGGUAUUAUAUAUAAUGUAAACAACAACGGUACAUUCUUCCAAGAACCUGCUAAUAGCCUUAGCCUCCUAAUCUUAAUACAACAAUGGGCCUGUUUGGUAAGGGUUAGUUGGCUUAAUCUAUUGAGUUUUUCAAGGAAAAAAGUUCAGUAACAUUAAAUUCAGCCAAAUAAUCUUGGGUAUGGAUACCAAAUGGGUCCUAAAGUAUGCAUUAAAUGAUUUCUGUUAUUUCCCUUUUGCAGUGAGAUGUUCCCAGUUAAUUAAUCGAUCAUACCCUUGUGAUGAGCUUUCCUGUUAGGUCUACUACUGGGUGUUGUUCUGCCCUCUUAUAUUCUCUCCCUUCCCUUUUUUUUCUUUUAAUAAUAAGAUUCUUGUCUUAUGCGUUGUACUUGAUUUUGCUACAGAGUGUGUUCUAUUAAAGUUUAUGUCAUUAA